CCCCACUCCCGAAUCUCAUUUUCUUGAUCUGUGACUGGUGCCAGACUAGAUUUGGUUCUUCAUAGAAUCAUUCGGCUGCCGGACCGAGCUAAAGUGAUCACCGAUACAGGCCCCAGUCAUGACGCUGUAGGGAUCUGGUCGUGGAGCUGUUAUAACCCCGACCUCGCUACAGUACCAUGCCGAACGCUGCACCUGCCGUCUCUGCGCAGCAGACUCCUCUGAUAACGCGCUCCUUUGGAGAUCACGAUAGAGAUCAGAGCGCAGAUGAAUCGUGGUCUGCUGGUGAUACCGAAAAUGACCAUGUCGCUCAUAAUGGAAAUGCGUCUCGCGCAUUGAAACGCAAACGCCCCCUCACAGUGUCAUGCGAGCUGUGUAAACAACGGAAAGUCAAAUGUGACCGAGCUCAACCAAGCUGUGGAUGGUGCUCUCGUAAUGGUCAGUUAUGCGAGUACAAAGAACGAAAGAAGCCGGGCCUUCGAGCAGGGUAUGGGAAAGAAUUGGAACAGCGAUUAGAUAGGCUAGAGGUCGUGAUUCAGACACAGGCGCGUCUCAUUGAAACUCAUAUACUACAAACCCGACCUCGGUUAAACCAUGAGUUUUCCCGCCCUGGCCCCCAUUCUUACAGUUCCCCGUCAGAGCCUUCUGCUACUCACAGAACAAGUCCUCGAAAUUCAGCUUACUUCCAAGAACCAGUAUCUGUGCUAGCGCCGCCACGUCAGUCUGAAGCGUCAAUAACCAGCCCUUCAGACAACUCUGUCAGAAAUGUGAUGCAUGGUCAUUUAACAGGUGGUUUAAACCACCCUAUUACCGUCCCACAGGCCCCUGAUGCUACACACCCAAAUGAUUACACGGGUAACGAAUCCUCAUUGAAGGUGCCUGUCAAUCUGUUCUCUAACCAAGAACAAUCAUUCUCGGAUCCGGAACUCGAUCUCCCGCCGUAUGAUCUGUUAUAUGCCCUGGUGGAUCUUUUCUUCGAACAUAUAAAUACAUGGUGCCCUAUUCUACACCGACGGACGACUUUAGAUACCUUUUUCGGCCCCUCCCCUCUCGAGGAAGCUGAUCGCAUGGUACUAUAUGCCAUCGUUGCAACUACCCUUCGCUUCUCGAGCGACAACAGACUCACCGAACAAAAUAGGAAACGAUACCAUGAUUCUUCGAAGCAGAAAGUCCUACUUUAUGGUCUGGAGAGCACCUCGGUGAAGGCACUCCAAGCCCUAGUUAUAUUGGCCUUGGACCUGGUGGGCUCUUCCAAUGGACCUCCCGGGUGGAAAUUGCUUGCUCUGAUUACACGAUCUAUAGUUCAGUUGGGGCUGGCUGUUGAGUCCAAAUCCUCUCUCAUCGCCCCGGUUUACCCAUCGAUUUAUACACUAAGAGCGGUUACUCUUCCAGAGCCGGAGUCUUGGAUUGAAGAUGAAAGCAGGCGCAGGCUUUUCUGGAUGGUAUAUCUCUUGGACCGAUAUUCCACCAUCGCGACGGCAUUUGAUUUUGCAUUGGAUGAUAAAGAUAUCGACCGCAAGCUCCCAUGCAAGGAAGUUUUUUUCAUGAAGAACCAGCCUGUCGAAACUAGAUGGUUUCACCACUCAGGCGACCGCGCUGAUUACCUCAAGUGCGCCGAAAAUGUUGGUUCCUUCGGACUUUACGUCGAGAUUCUCGGAGUCCUCUCCCGCAUUCAUAUCUUUUUGAAGCGACCGGUGGACAUUGGGGCAUUAUCGGACGUUGAAGAGUGGCAAGCAACAUAUCGCAAAUUGGACAGUGAGCUAACUGCCUGGGAGUUUGGUCUUCCAGCUGAAUAUGCCUUCGAAAACUCCUCUAGGCUGUUCAAUAGUUCGAAAGCAAAUAAAGGCCUCUCUUGUGACUGGGUACAGCUUCAUGCCACAUACCAAACUGCGGUCAUCAGACUCCAUUCAUCGGCCGCGUACCCGACAACGCGUUCUCCGAUCUUCACUCCAUCAUACAGUGCUAGUCAGCGUUGCUUGUUUGCGGUCGAGAAUAUUCUUUCUGUGACACGAUUUGUCGUAGACAACAACAUGCUUGACAAACUAGGCCCUCCCUUUGCCUUUACACUCUGGGUCUCUGCGCGCUUACUACUUGUUCAUGGUUCUACGAUUGCUCAUAACGUGAGCACUGAUAUAAUCUUCUUUGUUGACACGCUUGCUCAGAUGGGAAAAUACUGGAAGGUGGCUGAGCGUUACAGCACAAUCCUGCAGCGUGUUCUUGACGAAUAUGGCGAAUAUCAACAAUCUGGUAUUGAUGAAGCCGAGCGUGUAACGCCAUCCACCGUGAAGAUUCUUGCGGAUAUGAGACGCUGUGCUUUUGACUUGGACUUUUUGAUAUCCCGACAGCCACGCUCCUCCCCUGUUGGCGGCCAACUAACUGUACCAACGCCUGCUACGCAUCCACGAAACCUUGCGCCUAAUGAAUUAGAAUAUCUCGAUGUUUUCGGUUUUUUCAAUGUGCCACGAGUACCUGCUGCCAGAGCUCCUGAUAUCGCUGGUCUUGAUAUUAGCGAGACGGUCAACAAUCCUAUGUCAAUACACGGUCUAACGGGGACUGUUGUAGAUGGUGCUUCCUCAAAUACAAACGAAUUCAAUAUUACGAACUACUUGAUUCCGACUCCGGAGACAGACUGGCUAUUCCGACCAGAGGGCUAAUGACCACCACAUAACAGACUACAUUUUCGGAUAUUCUCUGUACCACAUAACGAAAAUAAAGGAGACAUAUUCUAUUUUCGGACUACUCUAGAACAGCAUGCGUGGUAUGCAGUCUUUGUACUUGCCUGAUGGAUACAAUUCGGCUUUCCGCUGCGGAUUCGAUCACAGGGCGACGACCUUUGUCAAAAUGCGCAACCGCAGUCAAACUUGCAUCUGAUAGAGCUUAAUUGGUAUCACAAUACUGCGAAGGUGCUACUGAUGAUUUAUUGUUUUGCAGCUGAACCAGGACCAAGAGCGUUGUGGGGAUGCAAUCUUGCACUAGAGUCAAUCUACUCACCCUUAUUUUGUUUGCUUUUUGGAUUGCGCCGUUACCAAAUUCGAGACAGAUCCAAGGUUUCCCGACAUACCGUUACAUUUAACAUAGGUCACUGCGGCCUUUUUGGAUAAUAUUACUACAUCACUACUAUAUCAGAUAGUGUCUAACUAUCGAGGGCUCUGAGAUUACAAGGUGCCGG